CGCUGCGGCUCGGCGGCUCCGGCGCCCGCGGUCGUGGCUGCGGGUGGCGUGGGGGCCAUGACGUCAGCGUCCACCAAGGUGCCCCCCGUCCCCCGGGUCGGGGAGAUCUUCUCCGCCGCCGGGGCCGCCUUCACGAAGCUCGGGGAGCUCACUAUGCAGCUGCACCCGGUGGCCGACUCCUCCCCCGCGGGUGCGAAGUGGACAGAGACAGAGAUCGAGAUGCUGAGAACCGCGGUGAAACGCUUCGGGGACGAUCUGAAUCACAUCAGCUGUGUCAUCAAGGACCGGACUGUAGCUCAGAUCAAGGCCACCGUGAAGCGGAAGGUCUAUGAGGACUCGGGCCUGCCCCUCCCGGCCGAGUCCCCCAAGAAAGGGCCCAAGAAGGGGGUGACCGGGGGGAGCCUGGCCGCCCCGCAGCCGGCCGCCAGCCACCCAGAGGGGGCCGUGCUGAAGAAGCAGAAGGCAGCAGACGUGACCCUCAGCGCACUGAAUGACUCGGACGCCAACAGCGACCUGGUGGACAUCGAGGGGUUGGGAGAAACCCCGCCGGCCAAGAAGCUCAAUUUCGAUCAGGACAGCCUGACCCUGGAAUCCGGCCUUCUCAUGACCUCCGUGGAUCGCCCCUCCGCACUCCCGCCGACUGGCUGACCUCUGACCCGAAGCCCAACCUCCAGCUUCUCCUCCGACCUCGGCAGACGGCUCAGACCGCGGCUGGGCUGCGGGGACCCCCGGGAAGGGGGUUGGGGUUGCCGCUCCGGGACACUAUGGCCGGGCACCCCCUCCCCCGUCGUCCCCCCCAACCGCCAGCCAGGCAUUUUUUUAUACGGACCAGAAUAAAUGUUUCUCUCAUCUCA